CUCAGAAAACAUAACCAGGAAGAAAAGUUUUAUUGGAGUCGCAUGACGCUGACGUCAUUUGGAAUGUGCGGACGACAGAUGCAAUUGUCAGAAAUAAUUGACCCGAGAACAAAUCAGCAGACCCCAGAGCUGCAGAAAUAUGCUCCGCUUUCUCUGCUGUUGCUGCUUCUCAGGUGAAAACUCCGCCAACGAUGAGAGACAGCCUCUCCUGCACCCCACACCGUCUGACCUGAAUGGAGCUGGCUCAGCCAGGCAGACCCGGUCAGCGCACAGUGAUGCACACAUUGUGAGGCGGAUUGGCAAGCUGGUGAUGAGGCGAGUGUGUGUGCCAGAGUUGGACCAGAGGUUUACUGACAUGGCCGAGACCUUCAACGAACAGCACGAGCGCCAUGAGGCUAUGGUCAGACAUAUCAACAACCUGCGUCAGAUCUACGGCUGUAACCGCAAUGAUACCUUGACUUUAUCCGAAUGUAUGGGGAGGAUCAGAGAUCAGCAUGAUUCCAGGUACAGGGUCACACUUAAGCUGAAGGGCUAUGACUUCUCCCUCGAUGUGGUUUCUGUGGAUGAAAGUGAGGAGGAACCGCUGCCUCCGCAUUUGCGAUUGGCUCAGGAUGAAGUGAAGGGAACCUCUGAGAGUGCCAAAGCCACAAUCUCAAAGGGUGCCACGCUUCAAGAGAUGACUGGCUGGCUGCUCCGUAGCAAGGAUCAAAUGGCUGAGCAAGUGAAUGCAGCUGCAGCAUCCUACCAGGAGCAGGGAAGAUUGAAUGAGAACCUGGAGGAGAACAUGAAGGAAGUGAGGAGGGCGAAGGAGCUGUCGCUGGGAUACAGACAACAGGCUGGGGAAGUCCUCACUGAGGCUUCAGAGAUAGCAGGGGCUUAUCUGUAGUUUUAGAUACUUAAUCUGAAUCCACCAAUUAUAAUACAUGCAUACAGGAUUUGAAUAUUUACAGAGUUUAUGCACACCUUGAAUGCCAUGCAUGCAUUCAAAUGUACCAAGUAUACUCUCUGCUUAUUGCAGCCUGUCCUGUCAUAUCAUUUUUGUUAUAUGAACACAAAGACUUGCAAUGAUGUCUGCCUUUUAAAUGUUUUAUCGAAAUUUUAAGAAAUGUAGCAGAGACUCACUUUAACACUUAAAAUGUAUUGUAUAUGUGAAAUUUAGUUUCUUCCUGGAUGGGUGUAAUCUUACCAGCUAACAUUAGGGGGCACUGUAGGCUCACUUUUCUAUUCUAACAAUUGCUCUUCAUAUCAUAUGCCUUUGGUCUGGUUUUCAGAAAUUGCACUACAUGGAUGAAGAUACCCUAAAUUUCAGAAUCAUGUAUCAAAAAUAAUAAAUGUGUUACUUUCUUCUUUUUAAGAAUUUUGUACCUGAUUGGAUGCUUAAAUUUUUGCAAAUCUUUGAUUGUUCUUUGGCUCACCAAAUGUGUGAGCUUUCUGAUUGUGAACUGCACUGGAUUACACUUUUUUUUUUUUUUUUACAAGCCAAUAGAGACAGGAAAUAGUUUCCUAUAGCAGCAGUGGGAAUUGGACCAGAUGUUUGUUGUAAUUGUGUGUGUAGUGUCUUGUUAUUGUAACAUUUAGAGGGAGCAGAUUUACUGAUUGUUAUCCACAAAAGCCCAUGCAUUUAUCAACUGAUUAAAAACCCAAGCUUUCCAUCUGCUAUUAACGUAAAAGCAAACAAACACAUGGUCAUAUGCCAUCUUGAUAAUUAAUUUCGGAAAAUCCAUUGUUCCAGAGGUCAUUGUCAAGUGGUCAUGCAUUAUUAAUGCAACUGAGACAGUUUUAGAAUACUGCAUUCACCUUAAGCUUUAUAGAUUAAUUUGGCAUUAAGAGUGCAGCAUGUGGGGGUUAAAACCUGAGAAUGAGUUCAUAUCUAAAUGAAAAAGUUUGGGAAUUAAAAGAAAUAAACAACUGAUUAAAAAA